GGCCGAAUGGUAGGAGCGGAUAUAGCGCGGCUUGGCUCGGUUCGACGUGGUGGUAGUGGCUCUCGAUGGCCGUGCGUCGGCGGUGCGCGCCGACGGUUGAGAUAAGCGCGCGCGCGGGGGACUGAGUGCAUCGGCAGACCGGAGUUCACCGGAGAUCUCUCGGGUUCGCUCUCUUCGCGUUCGCCCCGUUUCGUAUACGCCCGCUCGCUCUCCCGCGUCUCUCGUUCCUCGCGCCGUUGCUCGCCAGCACGCACACAGCACAGCACUACGGCAGUUCGUCGUGGGACACCGUUGACCGGCCAUAGGGCAGUCUCUCUCGCCCGAUGUGACGGAGGGUCCGCCGCGAUGCUCAAGGAUCAUUCACCGAUCAUCCAGGCGCUCCUCGGCACCCUGUUCACGUGGGCCCUCACCGCGGCCGGUGCCGCGCUCGUCGUCGUGAUCCGGGGCAAGCAACGUAAGCUCCUCGAUGUCAGCCUGGGGUUCGCCGCCGGCGUGAUGGUGGCCGCAAGUUACUGGUCGUUGCUGGCACCGGCGAUCGAAAUGGCAACCGAGAGCAAGAUAUAUGGAGCGGAGGGCGAGUUCGCGUUCGUGCCGGUCGGAGUUGGGUUUCUCGUCGGCGCGGCGUUCGUAUACGGGACGGACAUGUUGAUAUCCACCCUCGGCAUUCAGUCCCCCAAUGUGCUUUUAGCUAUGCAAUCAGUCGGUACGAAACAAAGACGCAAGAUCAUUGCGAAACUAAAGAGUGACGAGGACUUAGACGAUGAUUAUGAUCUGUUGUUUAACGACGUACAGAUACCCGGCGGGAAAAUGUACAGUCGCGUCGAUUCGACCGCUAUCGAUGGCUUCUACGAACAAAAUAGUAGACGCCGACAAAUCACGAAUAUAAACCGAUCAUCGGAAUCAGCAGAAAUCGGGACUGUCUACGAGGAUCCUAAUAACGAAGCGAAAAACAACCAGUGGCGGAGGAUAUUACUGCUGGUUGUUGCAAUUACGGUACACAAUAUUCCUGAGGGUCUUGCGGUCGGCGUAGGCUUCGGAGCAAUAGGCAGUAGUGCAUCAGCGACUUUUGAAAAUGCAAGAAAUCUGGCGAUCGGGAUCGGGAUACAAAACUUCCCUGAAGGAUUGGCGGUGUCCUUGCCCCUUCAAGCCGCCGGGAUUAGCACCCUGAAGAGCUUCUGGUACGGUCAGCUCUCGGGGAUGGUGGAGCCUAUUGCUGGUGUUCUCGGUGCAGCCGGGGUUACGCUCGCCGCACCUGCGUUACCUUAUGCACUUGCCUUCGCGGCCGGUGCGAUGAUCUACGUUGUGAUCGACGACAUUAUCCCGGAAGCGCAUCAAAGCGGAAACGGCAAACUCGCCAGCUGGGCCGCCAUCGUCGGUUUUCUGGUGAUGAUGUCCUUAGAUGUUGGCCUAGGUUAAGGACAUCGUCCCCAGUAAAGUAGUCGGCACGGCGCGUUCGCACAUUUGCCAAUGUGUGAAAAUCAUUUGGUAAUGAUAACGAGUUCACAGUCGCGAUGAGUCGCGGUUUUCCUCCAACUUGCGGCAUUCACCGAAUAAUAGCGCGUCUUGGUGCGAGGAAGUCAAAAAUCGAGUGCUAGCUAGAUAACAAAUGUUUUCACCGCCGUUGCGUACGGCGCUUUUAUCCUUAAAGACUCAGGAGAAUCGAACAAUAGCGAAAUAAGGAGUGUUCUCAAUCAAGAGACGUACUCUCGUGAUUUCUGGUAGUCAUCGAGAGAAACAGAGAUAUAUGAAAUUAUACUAUAUAUAUCACAUGUGAAAUUAUGUUCUAAGGCUCUGUAAUUCGAUGUUCGAUUAACGCUACAGACGUGAAGGCUAAGUUGUGCAAUCGCUCAACAAUUUUCUAAACCGGUAGUUAUUUUUCUAGAACGCAUUUCACUUCUAGAAUGCAUUUCACUUCGUAAAUGUCUUCCCCGUAUCUAGUCUUCGUCAAUGCUAUUCCAGAAGUUGAAGAUACACGAUAGCCUGGUUGACUGAACUUAAAAUCGAACAUCGAAAUCGACGUCUAUCAGGAAUCACCGAGAUAAUUGCUAGAUCGAUGCAAUCGCGAAAAUUCUAUAGAUAAAGCAAUUAAAGUACAGCGUCGAGAACAGUUAGAAAGAAGCAAUGUUUCAAGCUAUUUUUUUUUUUUUUUUCAUUGACAGUAAUAUUAAAAAGUAUUCAAUAUUUUUACAAAGAAAAUUCACACAAAUUUAUAUAAAGACAUUCAUACUUUGUCAAAUACGUAAAUACAGAUUUAUAUAUAUUAUAUAUAUCUUCUUAGACGCGUAAUAGAAUUCCAAGAAACUUCGAGUGUGCUAUUCAUUCGUGCAACUAUUGCUUGUUCCAUUUUUUAUAUAUAGACUUGACGAAUUCAUAAGACAUUCUUAGAACACGUUCUUCAGAAAAGAAAAUUUGAUAUAAAUUUUUUUAAUAGAAGAAUUAUGUCUAUUUUUUCUUAAUGACGAUAUUUUCUUUUAUUGGAAUUUAAUUAUUAGAAUUUUGCUUUGUAUUUUGACAGAUACCAUGUGAUUUCUUUGAUUUUAAUAUUUCAAUUGCAGUUAGUGAGAUAAAAUUCAAAAUUUUCGACUUUUGGAUCUUCAAAUAAUGAAUUCAGACUUUUCUAUUGUUUUACAAUUCGUAUUCUUUUGUACGUUUUUUAUUAUCCCACUAUAUAAUAUUUAAAUUUUAAUUUAUAUCAAUAUAUUAAUGUCAACAGAUUUUCUAUUAUUACUUAUAUAUGUUUCAUAUCAUAUUUUUCAUAUUUUCUCAUCUAUAUAUUCUUUCAUUGAAGGCAUUGGUAAAAUGGUAAAUACUUAUAAUAAUAUUUAUAAUAAAACCAUUUUAAUUAUCGAAUUUCUACGUAAAAUCCAGUACUCUCUGACUAUAUUGAUUAUUUCUUAAUUAAUUUCAAAAUAUUUCUAGCACUACUUAAUUAACAUUUGAGUAUUGUUAGUAUUCGCGGGAUUGAAACUGCAGUGAUCACUGUGUGAGCACGAAAUUAGUUUGUUUUCAAAUCAUCAUUCAAAUGUUUCCGAUUCACUGCCGUCUCUUAUUCAUUUUCUACUAAUGAGAAACCCGCCAUCGCAUUAUGUAAAUUCUUUGCGCCUUUUUGAAACAGAGUUCUCUCAAAAAGAGUACACAUUUCGCAACUCGCAUGUGUGUCUCGUGCGCAAUCACCAACUACGCUCUCGUGCCUGGUAGGUAGGUAGGUAAACCUAUACGCAUAUUUAUUGCGUUACAAUGUGCCCUUUCUAAUCACAGACCGCGCGCACGAUGCAAUUUCGUUCUUGUAGCGACGUGCCGUUUAUCCCGGAGUACGUAACGAGGUUGCCACUAUACCCGUUGGCGCAAAAAUAGAUCACCUCGCGGAAUCUGACACACGUCUCUCUCGUCUGCGGUAUUUCCUUGAAAGAAACGUCUAAGCUAAAUCAUCAAAUCGUUAGUCGUGAAAAAAAGUUAUUUAAAAAAGUCAUUAUGAUAAAUAUAGUGCUAUUUAAAAGGUCUAAGUGAUCUUGAAUUCUUUAUGAAGAGAUUUCCGCUUCUUUUAAACCGCAAGUUGUAAUUUACAAGUUAAAUAUAUGAAUACUUUCCUUAUCAUUUUUAUUUUAAACUGUCAUAAAUAUUUCAAAAAUCGUGUUUUUGCUUCGAUAAAAAGAUUCUUAUCUAAACACAUAUAUAAAAAGAUAUAAAUUUGUUGUUUUACUUUCGAAAUGUUGAUUUUUUUAAAUUUCGAAUGCGUCUUUACACGAAUAAUAUUUAUUUGCAGCAUACAUGAUACGAAUGUAAUGUAAUAUUCUGUUUUUAUUAUUAAGAUCACUGCGAGUCGUCACUCGAGAUCGAUAUUCCUCGAGCGGCGAAUUCGUAGUAAUUGAAAGGCACAGAUCGAUCAUUGGUAUCCGAUUCUCGACGCUGUACAUUUAUAUAAGACAUAAAGACUAUAUUUUGAUACACACUGUCGAUAAAUCAUCUAAAGUAUAUUAGUAAUAUACGUGUACAGAUAUCCACGUAUAUUAUACGAAACCGUGAUGUAAGAAGACAAGGUGGGACCUUGUGCAUAACAUUCGAUUAAAGUAACAGCGAGCUUAUUGAUGUAAUCAGUAGUCUUAUUCUGUAAUUCUCAACGACAAUUCAGUAUCGUUAUAUUAUUGUUGCACGGAUAUUGUAUGUGGGGUAAAAAAAGCUACGCAAUGUAGUUAUUUCGUUAAAAGUUACAACAUAGAAAUCAGUCUCAAAUUAUGAAAAGCAAUAUGGCUGCUUAACGUUAAUCAGUAUCGAUAAAGCGACGCAUUAUUAUAAUUAAUUUUACGUUCGAAUUGUGAGCCAACUUUUUAAUAAAUGCUCCAUUAUACGCUGUCGCUAUUGUGCGCAACGUUACAUCUUGUCCUCUUACUUUUUCACGUCUAGACCGUCUGUAUUCCUCUACAUUAAUUUUAUUAAAUAAACCAUCUGGUGUCGCGGAUGUUGAGAAGCAUCUCUUGCGCGAUGAUUUUAGCUAACAUUACAUUAGCUCGCGAUAAAUCGACGAGAACUGUCCGUUUAGCUUUUAUUACAACAGAUUGAUUUAACGCUACUUUUAAAGAAAUUGAGGCUUUAUAUGAUUAAGAUUGUCAAUUCCAAGAGUCAAUUGAAUUUUCUUGUGAAAAACUCUUCUUGUCACGUGAACGACCGCUGAGAGAUCCUUUUCAACGAUCUUCGAGCUGGAUGAUCGGUACAAUUUAUUAUAUUCAAAGGAACCACCGACGCUUGGUUUAUAUUAAACCAGUGCGAACGAGCAUCAGCCGUUACAAGCUUCGAUGAUAGAAGCGAAGGUCGUCGUGAUCAACAUCGACGGCGCAGCAUCACGUCGAUGAUCACGACGACAUGCACGAGCGGUGCUUUAGCGAAAUGUAUCUUCUGUAAUUAAUAAUGUAAUUAUGCGAAUUAUGUGAUUAUACAGAUUAUCGUAUUGUAGGUAGCACAGUCAAUUGUAAAUCGCGUGCAGACAUUUAUGUAAAUUGUUAAAAUUUACGCUCGCCCGUUGUUUCAUUGAUUUGGCGAUUAGUACUUUAUUGAUGAUAGCACGUUUCCAUUAAUUAAGAUACUCCAAUAGUAAAUAUUGUUUAACAGAAACGCGUUUGCACAUCGCGCGAUCAAUUCUAUCUGGUAACUUUUACAGCUGGAACGUGCGGUAUGAAGGAUUUUUUUUUUUCUAAUUAAAUUAGGUGCCUUCGUAACUUAAUUAGGGUUACUCGUUUUUAAGCAGGAUAUCAGUAUUUGAUAAAUAGGCAGAACGACUGAUUCACUGUCCGCCCGUUUAUUAUCACAGAUAGAUUGAAUUGGCAAUUCGUUCCGCAACCUUACAAGUUGCAUAUUCGUUUAUAUUGCGAACUUUAACGCUGCGGUGUAAUAAUUUUCAAAGAUGUGCAAUAAAAAAGGAAGUGCAUUGAAACAUGCGCGUAAUAAAACAUAGCA